UUUGUGUAAUAAUUUUCCCUUUUCAGAUUACAAUAUGCCUUUGACAACUUUGGCACCAACAGUGAAAAGAAUGCAACGUCCCACGGAGGAUUUUCUUGGACAAUGUAUUUGUGUCAUUUGUGCUAUUUUCGGACUCGUUGUAUCUUUUCAUCUGUAUUUUUCUGAAAUUGUAAUGGAUGCGUUUUAUUCCAAAAAAUACAUGUGGAAUUUUACAGUGACUGUGACUUUAUUUAUAUUUAUUUUUAUUGGGAAGCUGGUUAGCUAUUUUUUUGUCUCCACAUCUAAGAAAUCAACGGUAUUCAUCUUCAGACAAUUUGACUCCAUGUGUCUAGGACUCGCAGGACUGGCCAUGACUCUUACAAACUACCAUUAUGAUUGGUCCGGAUAUUUCAGUGACAUUUGUGUGCAAACAACAGUUAAAGUUGUAGCAGCGAAGUUAGCGACUGCAUUUUACUGCACCACUGCGUUUAGUUCGAUAUUUCAAUAUGCAUCACGGCUAGAGUCUGUGUUUGUAGUAGUUCUAUAUGCUGUUGCAAAUGUUCCACUUAUCCACAAAUUUAGUAAUACUGAUUCGUUCGUAGAAAUUUGCGUCAAUGUGAUUUUCAUUACCUUGUGUAUUUUGACUUUAAUGGUAUACAUUUCCAAUGUAACAAGAAAUGACUUUUACACAAAAAUUGGCUUUCGGCAGGGUUACCCUGAGUGCGAUAUUCUAUUAUUUGCUACAAUAACUGUGUAUGUAUACGAGAUAGUUGAUGAUUUCUGUCGGCGUAAAAAUAAUAUUAACAAUUUAAUUUUUGAAAAUAAAUUUGUGAGUGUGUGGGACACAUUUGCCUUAUCGACUUUAGUGAUCAUGACGAUGUUCUGUUUUGCUGCAUUUUCUUUGUCUUUGCUAGCAGAGAAGAAAAGUGGUUAUCAGCUUAAUCAAAAAAUACGUUCAGAGUUUGGAAUGUUUUUAUAUUGUUUGAGAAGAUUUUUAUGUAAUGACAUCGAUUAUAGUCCAGGCCAAGUAAUAAAUGUAUGA